UAACCUUUUUCGCGACGAGGGCUGACCGUGACGGUUGGGUGGUAAGCUGAAGCCCCGUGGAAACACGAAGUGCUGAUUACCCCACGUCUCCAAACGAGUUGUUGAAAGACACUCGACAUGGCGUUCGUCAAGGUCGUCAAAAACAAGGCCUACUACAAGAGGUUCCAGGUUAAGUUCAAGAGGAGACGUGAGGGUAAGACCGACUACUACGCUCGUAAGCGUUUGGUCGUCCAGGCUAAGAACAAGUACAACACCCCUAAGUAUCGUAUGAUCGUUCGUGUGACCAACCGCGAUAUCAUCACCCAAAUUGCCUACGCCCGCCUUGAAGGUGACGUUAUUAUUUGUGCUGCAUACGCAUCGGAACUUCCUCGCUAUGGAGUAAAGCUCGGUCUUACCAACUAUGCGGCGGCAUACUGUACCGGCCUGUUAUUAGCGCGUCGCCUACUGCAGAAGUUCAAGCUUGAUACCAUCUAUAAGGGUCUUGAGGAGGCCACCGGCGAAGACUAUGAAGUUGAGGACGUUGAUGAUAAACCCGGUGCAUUCCGCUGCUACCUCGAUGUCGGCCUCGCCAGGACAUCUACUGGUGCGCGUAUCUUUGGCGCGAUGAAGGGGGCCGUUGAUGGUGGACUCAACAUCCCACAUUCGAACAAGCGUUUUCCCGGCUACGACGCCGAGUCGAAGCAGUUUAACGCUGAUGUGCAUCGACAGCAUAUUUAUGGCCAGCACGUUGCCGACUACAUGCGUUCGCUUUUAGAAGAAGAUGAAGAGGCGUAUAAAACGCAGUUUGCCCGUUACGUAAAGGAGGGUAUCUCGGCGGAUGAUAUCGAGGCGUUAUACAAGAAAGCCCAUGCAGCCAUCCGCCAGGACCCGGUCCAUAAGCCCAAGCCAAAGAAGACAGUCGAGAAGAAGAUAUGGACCGCGCAGCCGAUGACGCGCGCUCAGAGGAAGAGCCGUGUCGCCCACAAAAAGAAGGCUUUCCUGAAAAAGCUCGACGCCGGGGAUGCUUAGACGUAGCUGUCAAUCAUAGACCUAUAAAACAACGUUGAAGUUCAUGCAAUGAUAAUGACGUUGUGAAGAAAAAACGUACUCUGCCGGACGACCGGCGCUUGCCGGUUUGGGGUGGGAAGACAACCGCCGUCGAAAUAUGGGGAUAACCUGGACCUACAAAAGAAAUAAAAUCUGAAAAUGGCGGUUGAAA